UGAAACAUGAUUUUCUGGUAGACCUGCUUGUUGGCAUGCUGCAUUUGACACACAUUCCUACUACCAGGAAGUGGUGUUGCUGCAGUUGUAGCUCCGCCCCCUGAGUUUUCUGGGUAAUGGGUCGGUUUGUCUUUAUGUAAGUAGGCUUCCUUCACUUCUGCAGUCACUUCAGCACUGUGAUUCAGUCGUAAACCAGCAGAGAUGGCAAAGCUUAUGGAAGAUGAGGUGUUCAUGGCUUUCACCACCUAUGCAGUUAUUGUCGUUCUGAAAAUGUUGCUGAUGGCUCCCCUGACUGUAUUCUACCGCAUAACCAGAGGGGCUUUUGCAAAUGUGGAAGAUGUGGCCAGAAAGCCUGCAGAGGAGAAGAAGAAACUGCUGAGAAACCAUGAAGAUGUAGAGCGAGUUCGAAGGUGUCACCAGAAUGACAUAGAGACCAUCAUUCCGUUUGUGUUGAUCGGCCUGCUUUACGCUCUGACCGGACCUGCGCUGACCGCCGCUUUGCUUCACUUCCGCAUCUUUGCCGGCUCUCGCAUCUGCCACAGCAUCGCCUACCUGUGCUGUCUGCCUCAGCCCAGUAGGGGACUGUCCUGGAUGGCAGGCAUGCUGGUCAACUUCUCCAUGGCUUACAGCGUGCUUACCACCGUUCUCUAUCUUUAGAAAGUGGACCACUUAACCUUUUCACAUGCCAACAUGAAACCUGUAGCUGUUUGUUACUGAAUUCUGGCUUCAGUUUGAUAAAUAAACUUACUCUUUGUCCUGGAAUGAA